AUGCCUCCGCGGCGCAGGUCGCAGGACUCCGGGCUGGCGGCGAUGGCCGGCCCCGCGGCCGAUGACGGCCAGGCAGCGCAGGUGCCGCCCGCAGCGGCAGGCGGCGAAGGCGAGCAGCCGCCCGCGCCGGGCGGCGGCGGUGGCGACCCGCAGCCGCCGCAGGAGCAGCAGCAGGGCGGGGAGGAGGCGGCGGAGGUGGUGGACGAGGCGGCGGCGGCCGCAGCGGAGGAGGAGCGGCGGCGGGAGGAGGAGCGUGUGCAGGCAGAGGAGGCGGGUGUGAUGGCAGAGGCGGCUCGCAUCCGUGCGGUGCUGUCGGCAUUCAAGGUGCCGCCCUGCCCAGAGCCCAAGCGCGGCAAGACGCACUGGGACUGCCUGCUUGAGGAGAUGGCGUGGCUUGCCAAGGAGUUUUCUAAGGAGCGCACCUGGAAGCUGAAGAGCGCCAAGCGCUACGCCCACGCCGCCCAGCGCUCCAACCUGGACCUCGAGUCCCGGGUGGUGGUGCGGGCACGGGAGGAGGAGCGGGCGGUACGCAAGCGCGCCGCCUGGAUCGCCAAGGAGCCCCUGGAGCUGCGCCUUCCCAACGCCGUGCCCUGGCUUCUGCAGCGCCGCGUGCCCUUUGAGUCUGUGGGGCUCAAGCGCUUCCUGGUACAGCCUGAAGGCAUGGCGGCCUGGGAGGAGCAGGCGGUGCACCGGCUGGCGCUGGCGGCGGCAGCAUUUGCGGCCCCCCACUCGCGCCCAGAGGAGGACGUCGCGCUGCUGCUGGGAGCUGCAGCGGGCGGCGGUGCGGCGGGCUCGCUCAUCCAGGCCCUUGGCUUCCGCCCCAGCCCCACAGCGCUGCAGGCC